AUGGACUCGCGCGUCCUCAACCAGCUGUUCCGGCAGCUUUUUCGGCAUCCCGCCUGCCAAUCCUUGCGACGACCACCACCCUCGCUAUCUCGACAAACCCGUACAUUCCUCACCCGACGCACGCCCACGAAGCGCAAAUCGCAGGACGAUGGCAUGCUCUGGACGAAACGGGGUGACUAUUCCAGAAAUAUUGACGAGGAGUACUGGUCAUAUCCAACUGUGACGGCAAAAGAUUUGCAAAAUCGUCGAGAACGACCGCGUCAGGUGAAAAUGCUGACGCGCGAGUUCAUUGACGACAGCCUCUACAAUCCCCACUACGGUUACUUUUCGAAGCACGCGACCAUCUUCAGCCCCGGUGAGCCUUUCGACUUUAACACCAUUGAAGACGGGCCCGCCUUCCACAGGCUGUUGGGUGAGCGAUAUACUGAAUUUGAAGACCUCCUUGAUGAGGUGAAGCCGGAUAUUGCGCGUCAGCUUUGGCAUACUCCAACGGAAUUGUUCCGGCCGUACUAUGGCGAGACUAUUGCGCGGUAUCUCGUGUCUAAUUACAAGCUUACCCUGUACCCCUACCACGACCUCAUUAUCUACGAAAUGGGCGCUGGAAACGGCACAAUGAUGUUGAACAUUUUGGAUUUCAUCCGUGAUACGGAUCAUGAAGUGUACCAGCGUACCAAAUUCAAGAUCAUCGAAAUCUCGCCUGCAUUGGCGGACCUGCAAACCAAAAACUUGAUGCAAACGCUCCACGCCAAGGGACACCGGGACCGCGUAGAGAUCAUCAACCGCUCGAUCUUCGACUGGGAAACCUACGUGCACUCCCCGUGUUUUUUCCUGGCGCUCGAAGUGUUUGACAAUUUUGGUCACGACACUAUCCGCUAUAACUCACGAACCGAAAUCCCGCAGCAAGGCGGAGUCCUCAUCGACGCGGACGGCGAGUUCCACGAAUACUACAACACCCAGUUGGACCCCGUUGCAGCUAGGUUUAUCCGCGUACGUCAAGCGGCUGCACGACGUCAGUUCCCAAGUCCUCUCGGUUCCCGAUUACUUCGUGGCCUUCGAUCUGCGCCACCCUUCGGCAAAGAGUUCUCGUUACCUGAGUACAUCCCUACCCGGCUUAUGCAAUUCUUCGACGUGCUGAACCAGUACUUCCCGGCGCACCGUCUUGUAGCAAGUGAUUUCAGCUCAUUGCCUGACGCAGUGCCCGGCUUGAAUGCACCAGUGGUUCAAACUCGGUAUCAGCGGCGGACGGUGCCAGUGACGACUCCUUUUGUUCACCAGGGCUACUUUGAUAUCUUCUUCCCCACAGACUUCAACGUGAUUGAGGAUGUGUACCGAGCUGUCACGGGCAAAUUGACACAGGUCAUGAGCCAUGAAGAUUUCAUGCACCGCUGGGCAUAUAUCGAGGAUACGGAGACACGGAAUGGGGAGAAUCCGUUAUUGACCUGGUAUAAGAAUGCCAGCAUGUUGAUGACGGUGUAG